GGCAACUGUACACCACGGAUUUCAUCCGACUGUUUUUCAGCCCUUAUUAUCGAGCUAAAAGCCACACUGUCGUCCAGUGACAUGUAAAUUAUCAGGCAGUAUAGUGUCCGAGUUGAAGUUGAAAGAGAGAAGAUGACAGACAUAUUGCGCAAGUGGCUCAACGAGGAGCUCCGACUGUCCAAAGCUGUUGAGCCACAGACUAUUGCCCAGGAUUUCUCCAGUGGUUACCUAAUCGGAGAGGUUCUGCAUAAAUAUGAGCUGCAGAACGAUUUCAGUUUGUUUCUGAAGAAAGACACCUCCAUUGCCAAAGUGAACAAUUUUUCCCGACUUGAACCUACUCUCCGGUUAUUGGGGAUCCCCUUCAACAUAAACACAGCCCAGGAACUGAUGCAGGAGAAGCCCGGUGUUGCCACAAGCCUCCUUUACCAACUCUAUGUCUCACUUGAAAAGAUGAAGAAAGCAAAAAUCAGCAGGACAAUGAUGGAAGUCAUGCAGCCUGCAGCCAUUGCUGCCCUGCACAAAAAGGAGCAUGAGAUCUACUGUCAUCGACUGCCUCAGGUGGUGAAACGUGAUUCAGAGCUAAAGCUGCAGAAAAUUUCUCAGCAAUAUGAAGUGCAAUGCCAGUCACUGAACGACAGGUCUGUGAUGAUCCAUCCCAUCCAGCAGAAGAGACAACUCAAAGUCCAGAAUGUUCAGAGUCUGAAGAAUAUUGAGAAGGUUCCCAAGCCACCUCCCUACACUUCACAGUUUAAUCUAAAGAGGACACAACAUCAGCAGCAACGCAAAGCACAGGAAGCACAGAUGGUCCAGACUGAAAUAGCCCGUUUUGAGGCAAACAGGGAGAAACUGGUUACUUAUGGUUUUGCUUCCUUUUUGAGUGGCCUGCCCUCAUCAGGAGAUGUUCCUCGUGGUGGCAGCAGCCAGGGCCAUGACAUGUCUUCAAGUGGAGCUAAAAUGGUCUUACAGUCCAACAGCAAGUAUUUACAGGAUAUCCGACAGAGGCUGGAAGAAAAUGCUGUUGCUCGUGAGCAGAGAGAGAAAAGAGUAGACAGAUUCCUGGUGGAGCAGUUCAAGGCUCAUCAAGCUCAGGAGGACGCACAGCGAGAUGAGCAGCUGGUGAAACGUCUGACACGUCAGACUCGGGAGGAGCAGCGCUUGGCAAAUCAGCUCCUUCAGAUGCGCAUGCAGAAGGAGGUGAUCCGGAAGAACCGCCUGUUUAGAGAGCAGCAGUACCAACAGCGCAGAGAGAAAGACAUCCAGGAAGCUCUGGAGAGAGAGGCGGCUUUGGCUCAGCAUGCUAAGUUGGAACGUGCCGAAUCGAUCAAAAAGGAGAUGGAACUCUGUAACAGGUGUUCUGCUGAGCGAGCUCAGAGCAAAUACAAGAAGCACUUCGCAAGCUGCAAGGAAAUUUUUGAGCAGAUAGUGGACUUGGCCACCAAGAUUGGAGAAUAUCGACUGAUCACUGGGAAUCUAAUUCCAGAGAAGCAGAUGAGAGAGUGGAAGGAAUUGCUGUUCAAUGGUCUGCCUCUCUAUGAUCCGAUAAAAGGCCAGCAGCCAAGGUUUGAGUUCUCUACCCCACUAGACCCUGUAGAGCUAAAGAAGCAGGACAUACUCAACAACCAGGACUAUGAUGAAUACACUAACAUGGUAGGUGAGUGGGCAUGGCCAGAGGAAGCAGGGGAGACCAAAUUACCUCUGACCAACAACAAUGUUCUCGGACAUGUUGUCACACAACUGAGGAACAUUGUUCAUCCACCCGUCAUGGAAGCCUCCUCUCCUUCAUUUCCUCACUUCACCUUAAAGGCCUGUGUCCUGGGCAAGUUUUGCUCUGGCAAGACCAGCUGCCUGGCCAAGAUUGCUGAAGCACAUGGCAUCUAUGUCUUAUCAAUUGAGACACUGAUUGACGAGGCGGUGAAUGCUUACCAGAAUGAAGACAAGGUCACAGAGCAGCAGGAAGAGAAAGACAAUGAGCAAUUGCUCACAUCCUCCACAUCAGUGAAACCUGAUCUUGACACUCAAGAGGAAAGCAAAGAGAGUAAUCUGUCUACCCGGGCCAUGCAGGGAGCAGCUGUAGAAAAAGAGAUAAGAAAAGGCAACAUAAUCCCAAAUGAGCUGCUAGUGGACAUUAUAGUAGAGGCCAUCAGGCAGGUUCCAGCUCAGUCAGGUUGGAUCCUGGAUGGCUUUCCAGCUGAUAUCAUCCAGGCCUACCUCCUAGAGGAAGCCCUCGGCGGGUCUGUGGAUGUAGGGAAUGAUGUUGUAAGCAAUAGAACAAACCUUGUUGCAGAUCCCAAUCCACCCAAACCUCCAACACCUCCAGCUCCUGUACUGGACCUGGCUCUGCUCCUGGAUAUCCCAGAUGAGUGUGUGGUCAGGCGCGCGUUUAGUCAUACGGAAAAAGAUCCCACAGAUAAGACCUUGUUUCUGGCACAGAUUCAACACAGGGUCACAGAUUUUCAGGAUUCCUGGCCAAAACUCAAAGAAUGGUUUGGUGGAAAGCAGAACAUUUUGGUCCGUGUUGAUGCAGAUGUAGAUGAGGAGGAGCUUUACACAAGAGUGGAGUCUGUCCUGCUGCAAGAUAGAACACAAACACAGAAGGCUUUUGCCACUCCUCCGGUUGAAAAUGUUGUGUUGGACAGUGGGAAAGCUCCGGACUCCUCUUUUUCGGCUGCACCUGUAGACCAACCUCCGGGCCUCACAGAUGAAGCCCCUGGCCCCACAGAGUCCCAUUCCAGCCUGACUGAAGAAAAAACUCAAAGUGUGCAGUCACUUUCCAAAUCCAACACACAUUCUCCUCAAGGGCACUCUAGGAAGGGGUCAACUUCUUCAGUGACCCAUGAGGGCUCGCAGGAAGUCCCCAAGAACAUACCUGAGUCUGCUUCACCUUGCCCAGGUUCAUCCAACUGGGUCUAUGUGGAUGAACCCCUUCCUCCAGAGAUCCCAGAGCACCUGUGCUCCCAUUGGGAGGCAACAUGUGAUUCUUAUGUGAACAGCAUAAAGACAGUGAUGCAGCAGCUGCGCUCACAACGCUCUUUUAUUAACCAUCACCUCUGCAACAUCAGAGAGGACUACAAGCAUUACCUUGGGCGUCCAGACUUAAAGCAGGAGUUAGUGUCUAAGUGGCAGAAGGACUUUAACAGCAUACCUGAUGAUAUGAGAGAAGAUGAAGAAACCAAAGCAGAACUACAUCUAAGAAUGGAUGAACUGUGCGACCAAUUGUGGGACAUUAGCGACAAGCGUAAAGAGGAGAACGAGCAGGAGAAAGCUGCUCUCAUGGGUAAAGGCUGGGUGGAGGAUCACACUGCCAUGCUCAUCAACCACUACUCUAUUCUCAUGCAGGUGGAGUUGGACCGUUUUCAUGCCACACUCUGUAUUCUUAAGGUCUACUAUUCAAGCAUGUGCAGUCAGGUGCUGCCUGAGCUACCCUCUAACUUUGUCCGUAUCCCCCUACUAAACAGCCAAGAAAAUAAGGAUGAGGAAAAGAGAUGUCCUGACUCCUCAGAAAAGGUCGUCAAGACAGAAGGCCAGGAUCAGACAGAGCCUAUCAAGCCACCCCAUGAAAAACUGGUCUCAGACUAAGAGGAGGCAAUCGCAGCCAUCAGCAAAUUGGUGUCAGCAGAAACCCACCAAGGGGAGACAAAAGAGGAGCCGACGAGCCUGCAAGGGAAGGAAGUGUCGAAGGCCACUUCAAGUGCAAACAAAAAAGAAAGAAGAAAGCAGUCAUCAAAAAAACAG